AUGGGCGGGGCGUGCGCCAAGUCGCCAGGUGGCUCGCGCCGCAUUGAACCGGUCUCCUCAAGCGCACGGGCCACGGGACAGCACGUUGGAUUCUCAGAGGAUGAGGAGUCGUGGAACGAAGACGAGGACUCUAUGUCCGAUGACGGGAGCGCAAGCAGUGGCCGAGGCGGGAGCAGGUCUCGCGAGAGGAAGGCCAAGGGCAAGGCUAACGGCAAGAAGACCAAAGGCAAGACCAAGACCAAGACCAAGGAUAAGGACAAGAAGAAGAAGAAGAAGAAGGUCAAGAUGCUACAGGGGCACAAAAAGAAGAACAAGCAGCUCAAGGCCCUUCCCAAGCCUGAUGGUGUCACCCUCUCCAACGAGCAGAAGCGGCUGCUCAACAUCGACAACUCGUCGCGCCACAAUGUGCUCCUUGUCGACGGGGAUGUCGACGCCCUCACCUCACCACCAUCGGGCGCAGACACCUCGGGCACCAUCCCCGACGGCGAUCGCGACCAGACAUCACUCCUCGCCCCUCCGGCCCGCCCCAAUGCCGCCCGCAGGCCUGCCCCGGGCCCGCCCGCUACCAACAGCACCGAGCCGCGCCCGAUGCUCGUCAUCACCGAGCCGACCUUUCUUGGCAUGGAUGAUGCACUCUCCGCCAAGCGAACACCCUCGUGA